AAAAAAAACAAAGAAAAAAGCAAAAAGAAAAUUCUUCCAAGUAGCAUCAGCAAGACAAGUUUACAGAGCUCGGGGGAUUCUGUAGGAACCAAUAAUCUGUUCCAUCCAAAGCAGUGAUGAGGGCGUUACAAUUGCAGCUUAGAAUUGACGCAAAUUUUGUAAAGCCAUUUUGUCAUCUUUGCCUUGCUUCAUCUCUGAAUCCUUCGCCGUUGCUUGUUUUUCAACCUAUAAAAUACCCCCAUCUUCAGAAAUUCAAGCCUUCUCUUAGUUCCCGUCGAGCCCAUUUCUCAACGCCAUUCGUAGCUUCUUCCAUGGCCGAUUCUUCUCUUUCCAGAAGCUCAGAAACAGAGACAAAACCUUUCUCUGUGCUUUUCGUUUGCUUAGGCAACAUCUGUAGAAGCCCGGCUGCUGAAGGAGUAUUCAGGAACUUGGUGACGAAGAAGGGUCUCGAUUCCAAAUUCAUAAUCGAUUCUGCUGGCACCAUUGGUUAUCAUGAGGGUAAUGAGGCCGACCCAAGAAUGAGGGCAGCCUCUAAACGACGUGGGAUACCAAUAACAUCCAUCUCGAGACCAAUCCAGCCAUCUGAUUUUGUAAAUUUCGAUCUUAUUCUUGCCAUGGACAAGCAAAACAGAGAGGAUAUUUUGGGGGCUUUCGAACGGUGGAGAACUAAGAAUGGCCUACCUUUUGAUUCACAUAAAAAGGUCAAAUUAAUGUGCUCGUAUUGUAAAAAGCACGACGAAAGCGAAGUACCGGACCCUUAUUAUGGUGGACAACAAGGUUUUGAGAAGGUUCUGGAUUUGCUUGAAGAUGCCUGUGAAUCGCUGUUGGAAAGCAUCUUAACAGAGAACAAACACAUUUCAGAUUAAUGAUUUCUGGCUGGCUACUUUAUUCUUGCAAAAUAAUGCAAAUUAUUCCAUUAAAGCAAUGCCGAUCCCUAUGUGGAAUGGACAUUGAUUUCUAGUCAGUUUGCUGUUCAUUCAUUCUCUUCAAUUUCGCGCCGUUACCAAGGUCUGAUUUGAAGAUGAAUGUAUCAGGGCAGCCUUUAUAUUUCAAGCAAAAUGGUAUGUAUCUGCUGAUUAUUAUUUCUAUUUUACUAUAAUAGUAGUUUUAUCAUGCCAUUUGAAUAAAAUUCAAAGUCUUUUCGAGCUAAGAA